AUGAACACACAGCAGAGUUUUGAGGCUCUCUCGGAGAGAGCCGUCGCUGUCGUUGUUGAUCCGAUUCAGAGCGUAAAGGGCAAGGUAGAUUCUCGAUUGCCCUCGUGAAUUCUCGCAGGUCGUCAUUGAUGCUUUCAGACUAAUUAACCCGAACCUGGUGAUCGCAAAUCAAGAACCAAGGCAAACCACGUCGAACUUAGGGCAUUUAAAUAAGCCCUCUAUCCAGGCUCUCAUUCAUGGCUUAAACCGACAUUACUACUCGUUGCCAAUCAAUUACCGCAAAAAUAAGUGGGAGCAGACGGUAAAAAACCUCCGCACAUUAUUCUUUUAGAUGCUCAUGAACCUUGACAAACAUACAUGGCAGGCAGGACUAGCUUUAUCGGACUACCCCACCCACUGCAAUGCGAAUCACAAAACUCUAUUACACGUUUUGGAUCUUGUAAAGGCCUACAACAAGGUGAGUAAUCUGUUACAUUUAAUAGAUUUUUUUAAAGUCGUUGGAAGAUGAAGAAAAAAUGACACCAGAGCAGCUGGCUAUCAAGAAUGUGGGCAAAAUGGUUAGUCUUUUUUUCUACUCUAAUUUAUGUACCAGGACCCAAAACGUCAUUUGGAGGAAAAUGUCGACGAACUUAUUACCAAUAAUAUUACACAAGGAUUAGGCGCGAUGCUCCAUUCGCUUGUAUAUAAUUAA